GGGAAGGGAAGACUGGGAGAGGAGGAGGAGGGAGAGGAGAGGGCUGAUUCCUCUCCAGCAGCACUGAGCUGUCCAAAUCACAGAAAUAGACACAACGGGAGGGGGUAUGGAGACAGAUCCAUCAUUUUAUCAGCUUCCUGAAGCUUAAAAGACACAAGACAAUGUCCAUCAACAGGCCUUUCUGGUGAAGAAAUGAAGAAAUGCAAAUUGUCAGAAUGUGAAGCCCUGGUUUCUGCUCAGUGUCCUCCUGGAUGCUCUGUGUGGGUGAUGGAUGCACAAUCUACAUAUGGAACUCUUUCUAAGAGCAGCCUGGAUUAUGCUGGGGUAGAAUAAUACUCCAAUGCUGCCCUGCCUGACAGUUUGAGCUGAAGAACCCACCCAUCCCGCUCUGGAUGGAGGUGUGAGUGAGGCUUGGUGACAACCAUGCAGAGGUUGAGUGAGCGAAGGGUCACUGGGAACCAUAGUCACUUUGCAGCUGAGCAAACCUCAUCCUCUAUGCCUGACACCAUUCUCAGGAUUGUCCUCAUCAUUUCCCUCCUUUGUCUUUCUUUAUUUGGAAACAUAAUGCUCCUGGUGGUUUUUCAUCGAAAGCCUCAGCUGCUCCAGGUAGCAAACCGAUUUAUUUUCAACCUGCUGGUAGCUGAUCUUCUGCAGACAGUUUUGGUUAUGCCUUGUGUCAUUGUUACCUCCCUCCCUGAUAUCUGGCCCUUGGAUAAUGGUCUUUGUGGAGCAGUGGUGGUGCUGAUGCAUUUAUUUGCAUUUGCAGGAGUAAACACAAUCACAGUUGUUUCUGUGGACAAAUACCUGGCCAUAAUCCAUCCUUUGUCAUAUCCCACCAAGAUGACCCCAAAGAGAGGAAGUCUUCUGAUAUUUUGCACUUGGAUUUUCAGUGUCCUCCAAAGCACCCCACCUCUCUAUGGCUGGGGGAAAGUGGAAUUUGAUUUACAGAGUCACUACUGUAAAGUGUUGUGGGCUUCAAGUUACUCCUACACCAUGAUUAGUGCUCUGUUUUCCUUUAUCUUGCCAGUAAGCAUUAUGCUGGCGUGCUAUGGAAUGGUUUUCAGAGCUGCCAGGAGGCAAAAUGCAUUAGUGCACCCAGUCCAGGCAAAUGGAUGUGACAGGUCUGAAAGCUCUAGAUCCACUGCACUAAAUGCACUUGACAAAACAACUCACCACCGACCUCUCUACCACUGCAAAGCAGCCAAGGUUAUCUUUGCCAUCCUGUCAUCCUACAUCAUAAGCAUGGGUCCCUACAGCAUACUCAGUAUUGUCGCCUCCAGUGCCAAUACAGACAUUCCAAGAUGGGUAACCUCAUUAGUUCUGGUUCUAUUCUUCCUUCAGUGUUGUAUCCAUCCCUACAUAUAUGGUUAUAUGCAUAAAAGCUUAAAAAAAGAAUUCCUUUUGCUCCUGCAUGGAUUUUUCUGCAAGCAGGUGCAUCCACAAAACACCAUAGUAGACAGUUACAUUAUCCUAACAGAUGGCAGGAUCUUUCCAUCACACUUUUCUGCUGGUCCCACAGUCAAAUUUUUGGAGGAAGAAACUACCAUUUCUGUCAUAACUGGAAAAAGUAUGAACAAUCUAAAAAUUAAAGACAGUAAAAAGGAAACCAGUUCAGCUAAUAUGACCCCAGAAAGGGAGCCAAGCCAACAAAAAAGGGGUCCUGAUAUACCACAACUUAUCAAAUGUUAAUGUACUAUAUAUAAUAUAUAUACACAUAAAUAUAUAUAUAUUUAUGUGAUAUUAUAGGUAGCUAGUUAUGGGACAUGUCUGCAUUUAUAAAAGGCCAAUGGUUUGAUAUGAGUUAAAGUCAAAAACCUGGGUUUCCAUGUAUGAUUUUAAAGAAUUUGGUAAAGGUUAAAGCAAAGCUAUAUGGCCCUCAUACUAGCCAUUGUGUAUUUAUAGAAUAAUUUUGCUAAAAAAACUGAAAUAAGAUAUUUUCUACAAUAAAAUCAAACAUUCUAGUAAACUUUGGUGGUACCUUACAUUGUUAAUGAAUGAUACCUUCUAGAGUGUUCUCUCUAUAGGGAUUAUAAACCUUUAACGUCAAUGUGCAAUUUCUUUUGUUCCAAGUUACCCAGCAGCAAUCUGAGAGCCCUGUGAAUUGUAGUUCUGCAGCAGUUGGAAUGUCAAAGGAUUUCUAGUUCUGCAAAAGUGCCAGGCCUUGAAAACAUAAAUGCAAUAAUUCAGGCCAAGGAUGUCUAGUUUGUGGCUUUCCAGCUGUUGGUGAACUACAGAUCCCAGCAUCCCUUAGAAUCAUUCCGCUGUCAAUGGACCCUGAAGGAUGUAGCUAAAAUUAACUACAUGACAACAGGUUGGAAAGCUCUGAUCUCUAUACAGAUACCCAUGUACUGUACGCACACUCUCCAGUUAAUGCAGAACCACAGAGGGAGUAUUCUAACAGCUUGUACUAAAGCAUUUAAUAAAAGGAAUUACUUUCAGAAACAAAA